UUGUUUACGACGAGCGGCGAGGUACCUUUUGGCUGCAUGCUUUGGCGGUGACAGCUUCCAAGUUGACAACGCACCAUGUUCGUCUACGUGGAGUACACGCCUUCACUCAAGACUGGCGUUGUGGAAUACACGCGUAUUCACUGCUCUCCCAUGGAACCUUUCAAUCCAAAGGACGUGAAUGACUUCAGCCGCUCGAGGACUUAUUAUGUUCGGUCGUGCCACAAAGACAGGCUCUACGAAGCGAUCAAAGUCAUCCACAUUACGGAAACACUGGAGGAAAUGGCCAUCUUCAGGGCUACGAGGCCUCGGAGGCAAGCGGAUCCAGAAAGAAACGACAGUAAUAUGAGCACCGUUCCAGUGUCCAGAGACCAAGAGCACAUUCCAGAGCAGGAGAGGCAAGAGCAGAUUGAAGCUGCCCUGGUGGAGUACGGAGUGGGACCGCUACCCAGUGGCGCUCUCGCUGACAUGCAACGCAAACUGCAAGCACUGACGGAAGAGGUGGACCGACUGAGACGACAAGGCCGAUGCAGUUGCAUUCCGAUGGCACCCGUAGCACGCGACGUUGUACCCAGAAGCACUUACACUCAACUUCAAAGGAAGCACCAGUCGCUUAUGGAAAGGGUCAGGCAGCUGGAGCGAUGCGAAAGAGAACUUCAAAUACUCCAAAACCAUAACAAUCAGUCGGAAGGACACCCAGACCAUGCUGCUGGAAGCGAACGUUCAAGUAGCAGCUGCCCAGGAAGAGAUGGUGACCGAAGAACAAGUGCCAAAUGGCAUUACAGUGAAACAAGAAGAGGCCAAUCCUGAGCAUAGUGCCUCUGCUGAAAGUGAGCUCGAGUCUGUUGAUCUUAGCAGCAUGGGUGAGCAAGACAUGGAGCAUGAGCGCGUAGAAUAUCCUUGCAUGAAAGAUGACAUCGAAACUCCCGAGAUAGGAUCUGCCAGAGAGGAUGGAAAGAUCUAUGCAGGCGAGAAUGUCUGGGUCAAGAAGCGGGACUGGCAGCUACUGUUCAAUGCUCCUACAGACAUCAGGUUCUGCUCCAUCGCUGCUUCGCUCUUCUGGACGAACAAGGAGCUGUCGGAGCGUAGCGUCACCGGAACAGCUAACAGGUCACGCACACCUCAAGGCACGCGGGCCGAAGCGAGGCCGCCACUCACCCCCGAGAAGGUAGACUCCGUGAAAGAGCUCUUCAAAAUGUUCGUGGGCAAGGAUCCAUUUGCUGCACGGAGGCUCAGUGCCAUACGCAGACACUUGUGCAGCAAAAUAUGUGAAGUCCGCCGAGCCAACGUCAGACGCAGGAGGUCCUAAGAGCACUGGCAAAGCGUAGAGGCAUGAAAGUGCUGGUGGGAUCACUUUCCUCAAAGCCUUCUCGCAUCAUCCUGUGGAGCCGUUGCUUGUGAAUGUGUUCAAUCGGAUUUUUAGUGUACAGAAGCUAUGAUGGCCUUGCUGGAGAACGAUUUUAGAGAGUGCAUUGCAUCAACACCUUUUUACUUCAACUUUUCACUGGUAUACCUGUCCAGCCUUAAAAUAAGGAAAAUUGUAAUUGGCUAAAAGUAAUAAACAAAAAACUGUGUGAGGAUUAAAGGAGUGUAGUCACGCAGUUGUUCAUUACCUUUCAUUAAAAGAUAUAUGAUCGUCAUCA